AAGAUAAGCUAGAGACACUGAAACCACACAGAGAACGAAAUAUAUUCUAAAGUCUAGCAGCAUGAGCACUGUGGGAAAAGUCAUCAAAUGCAAAGCAGCUGUAAUCUGGGAACACAAGAAACCAUUUCGCAUUGUGGAAGUAGAAGUGGCCCCACCAAAAGCAAAUGAAGUUCGCAUUAAGAUUUUGGCUUCUGGAAUUUGUCGCUCAGACGACCAUGUACUCAGUGGUGCACUACAGAAAACUCUGCCCGUUAUUCUUGGUCAUGAAGCAGCCGGUGUAGUCGAGAGCAUUGGGGAAGGAGUUACCAGUGUGAAACCAGGAGACAAAGUCAUUCCACUUUUUUUAGCACAGUGUGGGGUGUGCAGCUGUUGCUUACACCCCAAAGGCAACAUGUGCAAAAACAACAGCUUUGACAAAGCCACUGGAUUAAUGGCUGAUGGCACCUCCAGGUUCUCCUACCAAGGAAAGCCCAUUUACCAUUUUGUCAACACCAGCACAUUCACGGAAUACACUGUGGUUCCUGAGUAUUCAGUGGCCAAAAUUGAUCCUGCCGCUCCUCCUGAAAAAGUGUGCCUGAUUGGCUGUGGGUUUUCUACUGGCUACGGUGCUGCCAUAAAUUCUGCAAAGGUAGAACCUGGUUCUUCCUGUGCCAUCUUUGGCCUGGGAGGAGUCGGCCUCUCUGUGAUCAUGGGCUGUAAAGCCGCUGGAGCUUCCCGCAUCAUCGGGGUUGACAUCAACAAGGACAAAUUCCCCAAGGCUAGAGAGCUGGGAGCCACGGACUGCAUCAAUCCUCUGGAUUUCAAGAAGCCCAUCAAUGAAGUGCUCUUUGACAUGACAGAUGGAGAAGGCGUGGACUAUUCAUUCGAAGUGAUUGGGCGCACAGACACCAUGGCUGCUGCCUUAGCCUCCUGCCAGAUGAACUUCGGAACCAGCGUGUUUGUGGGAGUGCCUCCCACGGCAUCUCAGCUUACCAUUUCCUCAGACCUUUUCUUCUCAGGCCGCACUUGCAAAGGAUCUGUAUUUGGAGGCUGGAAAAGCAAAGAAUCUGUCCCUAGGUUGGUUUCAGAUUUCAUGGCAGGAAAGUUCAAUCUAGAUCCAUUAAUUACUCACACUUUGCCUUUUGAUAAAAUCAAUGAAGGCUUUGAACUGCUCCACUCAGGGAAAAGCAUCCGCACUGUUCUGAUAUUCUAAAGUCCCGGAGACAAGGAGAAGUGCAAGGCAAUGAUGUCUUGGCAGCUGAGUUCCAUCAAAUCAAUUACAAGUGGUACAAUCAAUCACCUGGAGAAAUUAUUGCAUUCUGCUGUGUUACCCCGAUGCUGCUUUAUUGUAUCUUACAUUGAUUCCACAACAAUGACUUUCUUUGCUGUGAAAAAGAAACAUGAAUACAA